GGGAGCUUCGGGCCGACCUUGAUUGCGGUUGAAGAGGGCGGGGAAGCUUGCUGCCGGAUCGAUUGGGGCGCUUGCUUUCCGGGCGGUGCCGCUUUCGGCAGUAAAGGCGGGGGGAUCUUGCGCCCACCUGCCGCCGGAUCGAGAAAUCCCCUGCGGCAGCGGUCCGUAUAGCCGCGGGCAGGAGGGUGCCGCGCGCCGCCGCUCCCCCUGUCCGGCAUUGCGGGGAGCUCCGCCGGGCUCUGAGCGGGGGCCGCACGCACGCAGGGUGUUUGCUGAAAAGCGCGGCGCGGGCGAGCCAUGAGGGACUUCCCGUCCUGCUUCGGGGAGAGCGGCGUCCAGAUCGCGGACGCGGCCUCCUCCUCCAGCAGCGCCGGCAAGGGCGCGGCGCAGAACCUGGUCACUUGCCUCUACCAGACGCAGCUCGCCGGCCGGCCCUGCGUCGUCUCCGUCACCUGGAGCAAGAGCCUCAUGGGGCAGGGCCUCAGCGUCGCCGUCGACGCCCUCUCCGGCCAGAGCCUCUGCAAGGCGGACAUCAAGCCCUGGCUCUUCUCCAAGAAGAAGGGCUCCAAGACCCUCGACGCCGACGGCGCCAAGGUCGACAUCUUCUGGGACCUCUCCGCCGCCAGGUUCGGCGCCGGGCCGGAGCCGCUGGAGGGCUUCUACGUCGCGCUGCUCUUCGACCUCGAGCUCGCCCUCCUGCUCGGCGACAUGAAGAAGGACGCCUACCGCAAGACCGGCGCCAACCGCCCGGCGCUCAACGCCGCCUUCGUCGCCAGGAAGGAGCACAUCUACGGCAAGAAGAUUUACUCCGCCAAGGCGCAGUUCUGCGACAAUGGCCAGUUCCACGACCUGGUGAUAGAGUGCGACACCGUCGGCCUCAAGGACCCGUGCCUCGAGAUGCGCAUCGACAAGAAGCCGGUGAUGCAGGUGAAGAGGCUGGCAUGGAAGUUCAGGGGAAACCAGACGAUCCUCGUCGACGGCCUGCCGGUGGAGGUGUUCUGGGACGUCCACAGCUGGCUCUUCGGGCCGACGACGACGAGCAACGCCGUGUUCAUGUUCCAGACAUGCCAGGCGCCCGAGAAGUCGAUGCCGUGGUCGUACUCGCAGAUUUUUAGGGAGUCUCAGCUGCAGGGCCUCGGCUUCUCGCUCAUCCUACAUGCAUGGAAGAUUGAGUAGGUGCUUGCAGAUCAUAAGUUGCUUCUGCGGCCGCCUCCUUCCCAGUGCUAACAAGAUGUUCCAUUCAGUGUCUGUCUCUUCUUCCGAGUGCUAUGGGAAGCUCCAAUAUAUGUUCUUUCAAUUUAUUCUAUUCCUUUUCGGUUUCGCCGUCUUCAUAAACGAUGUGUUUGAAUUGCCUGGCAAGUUCCAGUGAUAUCCCAGUCUGUUUUUGUCAUCUCUUCCCCUCCCCUGUGUUUGUGCCUCAAGUGAGAUCGGUUCCAAUGCUCCAAGUAGUUGAACUAUGGCAAUGUUCUAAGAAAGAAUGCUGUCAUGUGUGUAUACUGAAAGUUCAGAUUUAUAAUUUUUGUUUAUGGUAA